UUGCAGAUAGAGCCGGUGCCGCUCUCAUCCGAAGAUAUCAGUGUGAUCUUUGCAAGCAGUGCUGCUGGUGUAGCUGCAUCCAGUAUACCUGUUGCUUAUUUCCUGCAUUGUCUCGGCCCACGAAUCACAUUUACCGUGCUGCUGCUUAUUUCGGCAGCGGCAACAGCUGCCUUACCAUGGGCAACCCAGUUCGGCUUGCGUGUAAUCGUUUGCGCCAGGCUUGUGCAAGGUCUCUUUCGUUCAAGCAAUGUUUUUUCAGGAGUCUGCGCGCUAAACAGCCACCAUUGA